CCUACUACCUCCCUAGUCGUCCCAAUCAUGUUAUCUUCAGAUUCUCUAGUAGUGAUGAUGACUGGAGGAAGAAGUAUUUUUACGUUAAAGUUGAUCCUUCGACGGUUCCUGUGGGUCGGAACCUUAGGGUCACUUGGACUAAUCCAUCUGGUUAGGAAUUCUAGGGAUAUGCUUUUUUCGUUUUAUUCAUUUAUGGCCGAGUAACCUUUUGCUCUGAUUUACUUGCAGAAAUCGAAGAUCCCCCGAAGCUCUCUACCAAGCUCACCAGGGCUCUAUACCGCAAGUUGCAACAGAGUCCCUGUACCUGGGUGGCCUACACCACUUCUCGAAUAAGUGCAGCCAGAUUCCCAGAUACCUACAACGCCUCUUUCCAAGAUCCCAUUCCUGCUGAGAACCUUGAGAGUGAGUUCUUGUCCGAACCUUUUCAAUGAUUUUAUCGCUUUGAAGUUUUUAAACUUAAGGAUUUCCAUUGUUCCAGUUUCGGCAGGCGAUUCGGUUGUAUCGAUCUCAACUGGUGCUAGUGCUUCGGGAACUGAAAAGUCUCAGCCAGGUGACAUGACUCUGCGACCGUCAUUCCGUUCUAGGGGUAACCCCUCUAAAGCUGCCAGUGCUUCUCGUGGAAGCGACAGGAACCAAGGAGGAUCGUUCCUUAUCUCAAUGAAGGAAGUUUUGGACGACGGAGGAUCCAAACCUGUUGUCGAGACUACUCCAACUGAGGUUGUAGCUCAGGAUGCUGCUCCUCUCCCUGAGGUCCAGGUGCCGGAGGCUGACUACCAGGCUCCGAAGGGUACCUCUGAGAUCGAGCCGUCGAGACACAAGAGGCCCAGGAUCGAUCAGGGCGGAGCUUCCAUCCGUUCUUCUUCCUCGUCCUCUAGAGGAGGGACUGUUGGGUGGAGCUUUACCCAUUCGAAGCCUGGGUCGAUCCUGGAUGACUCUUGGGGCCUAGCUGCGAUAAUGAGGCACCUGAAGAGCGUGGGAUGUCCCCUUCCAGCGCUCAAGGACCUGACUAACCGAGAUGAGUAUCUCGAUAUUGCCCACUGUAUGGGUCAGUUGGCUGGGGCUGUUAACAGGGCCCAGCUCAGGUUUGAGAAUGCUCUGUGUGCUGCCCCCAAUGCUGGUGAACUUGCUGAGGUUACCGAGAUGGUUAAGGCAGCCAAAACCGAUCUUGACCAAGCCCGGGUUCGAAUUUCUGAACUCGAAGCCGAAGUGACGAGGCUAGGCUCGAAGGCCGAUGCUCAGCAAGGAGAGAUCGAGAGUCAAAAGCUCGAUAUCCAGGUGAAGAGCAGGAGGAUCAAUGAUUUAGAGGCUGCUCGAAAGAUAGCUGAGCAUCAAGUACGUGAGCUCAUUGCCUCAUCCCGGGAUAGCCAGAAGAACAAGGAAGCUGAAGUCAAGCUGGCUGUCAGGGAAGGGAAGAAAGAAGUCGCCGAAGCUUACGGCAAGAUCCUGGUCUGUGUUAAGGAGAAGUUUGCUAGGAAGAAAGAUGAGGUCGACGCUUUGGUGUACGCUCAGGAGCUCCAAGCUAAUGCCGACCUCUUGAAGGAUAUGCUGAACAACAAGAUCCAAAGCGUUGAAGAGGAGUACAACCAAUUGGUGGCCUUAUUACCAGAAGCGACAACUGCGUAUGAGAAGGCUCAAGUCUCUGACUUCUCGGUCAGCAAGCUUCCUCUUCCCCAGAUCUCGGAGAGUUCAGCUCCAGUCGAGGCAGCAAUAGGAGGUGACGGCAAUGUGAUCGAUGAGGGAGUUCCUGCCGGUGCUGGUGAUCCGAUUCAGGAAGAGAAGGAAGAUUGAGAGCUACGGCUCUUUUAACUUUAUGUUUUGUGUUUUUAAGACUUCGGCCUAAGGGCUUUGUUUCGUUAUGUUUUGUGACUUAGUGCCUGAGGAGGCCUUUAAACCUUAACGCUUGCUGGAUUUCAAUAGCCUGGGGAGGUUUUUAAACCCUUUCUUAUGUUUAAAUCGUGGCUAUUAUUUCUGUUUUAAGUUUUUGAACUUAACCUCGUU